UCUGCUUUUUCUUUUAUUAGUAUCUUUAGCUGAAAGUUUUUGUUAUCAGUUGAAUUAUUUUGGGUGCUUUGUUUGAAUUCUGAAGUUAACGCUGUUUGUUUGGGACUUCGUUUUGGUUUAGUUCUCGAUUUUUGUGAGCUUGGUCUUGGUGAAUUUAGUUCAAUUUUGAGGUUUUUAGUUUGAAUUUGUAGCUUUUUGGUUCAAGUGGGUUUUUGUUGUACUUGUUUUGCAGUAUGGAGAACUUGGGCUGAAGCCUCUGUAGCAUUUUGCUGUUAAUUGCUAGAGAUUUUACUGAAUUAUUUGGAUGUCAAUCAUGGUUUCAAUUAUCGAAUCAAUUCGGUGACUGUAUCAUCAAUAUUCAAUUGAGAUUUUCCCAUAAUUGUAAGAUAUGGAAUUCGCCUCUUUGUAGUUGUAUUUGGUCUCUUUAUCUCGGAUUUCAGUAGUAUUUGAAGAUUGGGAAGUGGGUUUCCCUGUUCUGUCUUUUUGGUGGCUUGUUUUAAACAACACUGAUUGAGAUUCAUAAGCUUCUGGAACUGCAGUUUUGGUUCGUCUUUUAGCUUUCCUUUGUUGUGUAUCUCCACAUUUAGAGAUGCUUCGACUAUCUGCUGAAUUACAAGGAUGGAGAUGGUGCAGAUUAUUUCAUUGAGAAUGGCGAGUGCUUUAUUUAGUCUACUGCUACUUAUGCAAUUGCCAGGAAUCUUUGCCUCUGGAUUUGCUUUACAGUCUAAGGAUUGCGGUGCCGGUCUUAUAGCAUAUUUGAAUUCUUAUGAUGUUGAAUUAUUUUAUAUAAAUGGAAAUCUAGUCGACAAAACUUCAUUUUGUAAGGCUCUCCGAUUUCACUAUGCAAAUCAUUGUGUCUUGGAAGGAUUCUUUGGAAGUGAUUACUGUGAGUUAGACCUUUCUCCAGCUAGGUUGCCCUACAAGGUUGGAAGAAAAAUUUUGCAAAAGGACAGGGAAGAACUCGAAACUGAUGGUAAACAAACUAGUCAUCUGACUGAUGACAAUACUGAUACCAAAUCUCUUUUGACCGGAAACAAAGUUGGUGUAGCAGCGGCUGGAUUUGUUUUCUUAUCUUGUGCUCUGGUCUGUCCUUGUUUGUAUAGAAAAAGGAAAGCCACUGCACAUACUGUUCUUUCCAAGGACCUGAAUUCAAUGGAUUCUGUUUCCUCCUUUGAAAUGACUUCUGCUCCUGAAAAGAUUCCUCCAAGUCCAUUAAGGGUACCACCAAGUCCUUCUAGAUUCACCAUGUCUCCAAAACUCAGUAGAAUUGGAUCAAUACAUCUAAAUAUAAGUCAGGUUAUCAAAGCUACACGUAAUUUCUCACCAUCUCUACAAAUUGGUGAAGGCGGUUUUGGAACUGUCUUCAAAGCCAAGCUAGAAGAUGGCCAGGUGGUCGCCAUAAAACGAGCAAAGAGGGAACAAUUUGACAGUCUGCAAAAUGAAUUCAGUAGUGAAGUUGAACUCCUAGCCAAAAUUGAUCACCGGAAUCUGGUGAAACUACUUGGUUAUCUUGACAAGGGAAAUGAGCGCCUUAUCAUAACAGAGUUUGUACCAAAUGGUACUCUUAGGGAACACUUGGAUGGUCACCAUGGAAAAAUCCUUGAUUUCAAUCAGCGGCUUGAGAUAGCCAUUGAUGUUGCUCAUGGUCUAACGUAUCUCCAUCUGUAUGCAGGUGAUUUUGUUUCGUCCAAUUGUUCCUGCAAUCUCAAGAAACAAAUUAUACACAGAGAUGUGAAGUCAUCCAACAUUCUGCUGACAGAGAGCAUGAGAGCAAAAGUGGCUGAUUUUGGAUUUGCCAGACUUGGUCUAAUGGGUUCUGAUGAAACACACGUUUCAACCAAAGUGAAAGGGACAGUUGGCUACCUUGAUCCAGAGUAUAUGAAGACCUAUCAGCUCACCCCCAAGAGUGAUGUAUACUCAUUUGGAAUUUUACUCAUUGAAAUUCUGACAGGCCGCCGUCCUGUGGAGUUGAAGAAGCCGGUUGAUGAGCGGGUGACUCUUAGAUGGGCCUUCAGGAAGUUCAACGAGGGAGCCUUAUUUGAUAUGGUGGAUCCUUUGAUGAAUGAAGUAGUAGAAGUAGAGAUCCUCCAGAAAAUGUUUGGUCUGGCAAUUCAAUGUGCAGCACCAAUACGAAACGAUCGGCCAGACAUGAAAUCAGUGGGAGAGGAAUUGUGGGCAAUCAGGGCAGACUAUCUAAAGAGUGUGAAGAAAGGGUAGCAUAGCAAAUUUAAGACUGAUAUUCAGUAGCUUGUCUUGAAGUUAAAGAGUUUUUUAGUAGCUUGUCUUGAAGAAUUGGAAUCUGGCAUUUAGCAAAGGUUUUCCACCUUUUUCCCCUUUGACUUUCAUUCAUGAAAAUGUGUCAAUAUAUUUGGUGUUCUUCAAAUUAUUGCAUAUAAUUAUGUACUUUCUAAGGUUUCCUGGCUUGGUUGCUUGUUAUGAGAAUGAUAAUGUAGGCCUCCAAAUGAUAAAGCCACAUUUUUUGAGGAAUUGAUGAUUGAUAUUUCAUAUUAUAAUUUUUGAGUG